UUUCAAAAAAUCGAUUUUUUUUUUUUUGCAUUUUCUUAAAGUAUAAUAUUUUUAAAAUAUUGUGUGAAAAUUUGAAGUGAAUCCGACAAAUUCUUUUCGAGUUAUUUAACAAUGACCAAAGGACGCUCGGGUGCUACGUGGCAUUCGAGAGCAGGUAGCUAGAAACAGCUGCAAGCAACCGACCUUUCGGGUUUCAUUGCCAUGAAUAUCUCCCCAUUUUAAUGUAGUACAAGAACUGAAAAAUAAUUUUUGGUUGCCAGUAUACCUGUAGUCGUUGCACUGAUCAGUCGAUAGUUUUGUGAUAAAUUAUUUCUCAAGUGAAUUAAAUUAUUAACCAUGGGACGUGAUUCUAGAAAGGUUUCAAGAGAACUUCGGAGUUCUGAAAAAAUUAAUAAGUCGCGUUCAGUCAAAAGAAAGAAUGUUUUUAAUCCGAAAACAGCCGAAAGUGAUGAAAGUAUUCAGAGUACAUCUUCUAAAAAAUUAAAACAAAACACUGAAGAUGAUGUACCUGAAGACAGCAGUACUGAAUUUCGAAUAAUAAAUUUGAUGAAAUUCGAGUGAUGAAAAACCGAAUCAUGAUAUGUGUCCAAAAGGCGAAGAAUCUUGGUGCUCUUACCAGCGCGCUGAAGCAAGAGGAGAGCUUGAUACCUAUUCUCACGAUUAUUCUCCCUUACCUUCUGAUGUUUUAAAAGCUAUCAAGCCUAUAUACGAAGGUCUUAGUAAUGAAAAUUUACUUUCAAGAUGUGUAGGUGGAUUCAAUCAGAAUAAUAAUGAAAGCUUUAACCAACUAGUAUGGAAAAUAUGCCCAAAAACGGUAAAUACUAGUUUUACUGUCGUACAAAUAGCUGCAUACGUUGCUAUGUGUAUAUUUAAUGAGGGUAUAAAUUCAUUAUUAGUCUUGAUGAAUACACUAGGACUUAAUUGUGGGCCUAAUUCUCAUCGGUAUGCAGAAAGAAUGGAUGCUGCACGUAUCAAAGUAGCAGAUAAGCGCGCUAAUGAUAACACCCGAGAAGGUCGAUUGCAACGUAGGCACCAGCAAAUCAAUAUUUUGGAAGCUGCUAUGACGGCUGAAGAGCUAUUAUAUGGUCCAGGAAUAGAUGACUCAGUAUGAAUCUCCAAGGACUUAUGAUGAUCACCGCAAAGGACUUCGGGAGGAACGGGCUCUACAAAAACAGCGAUAACUUUUUGAAUUAUUAAUUUUUUUUUUUGAAAUUUUCGUGAAGUCAAAUCGAAACGUGUUCUAAUAAAGCUAUGUUUUUAUUUUUGUCAAAUAAAGUAAUUAACUACAAAAAAAAAAUUAUUGAAAAUCAUCAUUUUUUCAGGCCUCUGAGUACCCCUA